AUGACAGACAAAGACCCCUCACCAGCCGAAGAGGCCGCCGCGCGUGCCAAGGAGCGUCAAGAGCAGGCCGCCCUGCCCUACAAGUGGACGCAGACCAUUGGCGAGCUCGACAUCACCUUCACCGUCCCCGGCAACAUGAAAUCCCGCGAUCUGGUCGUCGACAUCAAGAAGCUCUCGCUCACGGCCGGCAUCAAGGGCCGGGAUCCCAUCGUCAACGGCGACUUUCCCCACGCCAUUCGCGUAGACGACUCGACCUGGACGCUGUCCACCAACGCGGACGGCACCAAGACGGUGGAGAUUCACCUCGACAAGGUCAACAAGAUGGAGUGGUGGGCACACGUCGUGGCCGGCGCCCCCAAGAUCGACGUCACCAAGAUCCAGCCCGAAAAUUCCAAGCUGUCGGACCUCGACGGCCAGACGCGCGGCAUGGUCGAGAAGAUGAUGUUCGACCAGCGCCAGAAGGAGCAGGGCCUGCCCACCUCGGACGAGCAGAAGAAGGCGGACAUCCUGAAGAAGUUCCAGGAGCAGCACCCCGAGAUGGACUUUAGCAAGGCCAAGAUCAACUAG